GAUAAUGAUUUUGAAUCUGCGGGUGGACUUCUAGGUGCAACUAUGGGCAGACUGAGAACACUCUCCAGAGGAAGCCAGACAAAGCUAUUAUGCUAUAUGAUGCUCUUUGCCUUUUUUGUUUUUUUUGUAAUAUACUGGAUUAUUAAACUGAGGUGA